CUGUUUUCUCCAGGAAUGUACUCAUCCCGUUCUUGUUCCUUCCAGAUGAAGCUGCUGUUUCUUGCCUUCCUGGUCAUCUUCUCUUCGGCCCGCUGUGAGGAAGGGGCCAGGCUCCUGGCCUCCAAGGCUCUUCUGAACAGAUAUGCAGUAGAGGGCCGAGAUCUCACUUUGCAGUACAGUAUCUACAAUGUUGGUUCCAGCGCUGCCUUAGAAGUCGAAUUGUCAGACGACUCUUUCCCCCCAGAAGACUUUGGCAUCGUCUCUGGGAUGCUCAACGUGAAGUGGGACAGGAUUGCACCGGCUAGCAACGUGUCCCACACUGUGGUCCUCAGGCCGCUGAAGGCUGGCUACUUCAACUUCACAUCAGCCACAAUCACUUACCUGGUGCAGGAGGGGGGACAGGUGGUGGUUGGCUUCACCAGUGCCCCAGGGCAAGGAGGGAUCCUGGCCCAGCGCGAAUUCGACAGGAGGUUUUCGCCACACUUUCUGGACUGGGCAGCCUUUGGGGUCAUGACUCUGCCUUCCAUCGGCAUUCCGUUGCUGCUGUGGUACUCGAGUAAGAGGAAGUAUGACACCCCCAAGAGCAAGAAGAAUUGAGCCGCCGGGUUGGACUGGACACCCUCCUCAUCCCAGGGACCUUGGGCAGAAGCGGGAGAAUCCAGGGAGCUCUGCUCAUGGAGGGCCUUUCUCUGCCAACUGAGAGUUUUUUGCAGCUGCAGUUUGAAAGGAAAAAAGGAAUACUUUCCCCCUUAAUACCACCACCCCCCUCCAUUUCUUCUCUGUAUGAGACCCGCUUUCCUCUGUCAAAAAGGAUUCUGCAAGAAAAGUGGUUCACAUCCCUGCUAGAGGAAACAUCGGAGCCAUAACAAGGUUGAAACCUGGAAUUGCUCACUAUCUCCCUGAGAGAUCUCUCCGAUCUGUCGUGGCAGAUUUUUUUUUUUUUUAAAUAAAUCUUAAACCCUGAA